CCGUGUUUACUGUGUUCACUCUAGAGACUUGACAAUGCUUGUUGUUCAUGGGUGACAAGAAUAUGAGAUGAGGAGCAACGAUGUUGUGAGUCACUUUAACUUUGCUCGUCUUCAUGCAGUCUGAGGAUUUAGCUGUAGUCAAUCUACGUUCUUGUAACUUAGAAUAAGCUGAACACCGGAGUCAACGUGGGCUGCCUUCUUACUUUGUUGAUAUUAGAAGGUGUUAUAUUACAUUUUUUUCCUGAAACAUAUCAUACGCACAGUACAUUCAUGGCAGAUAACAGUUCCGUCACAGGUGGUGGCACUUUGCGGCAUUUCGGUAAACGCUUUUACGUCGUGCAGUUGCUGGUUUCGAUUUUUCUGUGUGUCAACGUGAUGCUCAUUAUGACCCUUUUCUCAAAGGUCCACUUCUACACAACCAUGCGAUACAUCUUAUUCACUGUGACUCUAUUGUCUGAUACCUUGAUUUUAUUCAUCACUGACGUUCUGUAUAUCUUGGCUUCUCACGCAAUGACGAUGCCUAUCGCUCUGUGUGUUCCCGUCUAUAUUGUUUUGGUUGUGUACACUUUUGUCACACCUUUGACGCUCACGUCCAUGACGCUGGAGUGCUAUGUGGCCAUAUGCAUGCCCCUGCGUCACGGAGAGCUGUGCACGUCACGCAGAGCUCUGCACUGCAUCCUCAUCAUUCACGGCCUCAGCUUUGUACCGUUGACUCUCAUCCUCUCCAUCUUCUUUGCAUCAGCUCCCACAAGCUUGUACUCCGAGCAGAGGAUAUGCUCCAUGGACAUAUUUGUGUAUCUCCGAUGGCAGGACAACGCUAAAAUGGCUGUGUAUCAGUUGUACUUUUUCGUCAUGUCUGCCACCAUCAUCUUCUCCUACAUUAAGAUCAUGAAAGCGGCCAAAAAAGCUGUGUCAGGAGAGAAUAACAAGUCGUCGAGGAGAGCGCUCGGGAGAGUGACUCUUCACGGCUUUCACCUCCUUUUCGGUCUCAUCCAGCUGUGGUGUCCGUUCAUGGAGACUGCUGCGCUUCAGACUGAUUUCAAGCUUUUUUUAAAUGUCAGGUAUUGCAAUUACAUAGUGUUUAAUCUCACUCCAAGAUGCCUGAGUCCGCUUCUGUACGGCCUCAGGGAUGAAAAGGUUUUUCUUGCCCUGAAACGAAAUGUACCUUUUCAGUUCCACUUUCGACAAAACAGAGUGAGGAUCACAAGAAUUUGAAAAUGUG